CCCGUUAGCAGAUGAAGAAUUUGAAGAACUUUGUGCUUUGUUUAUUUUUACCAUUAACAUUAAUGCUGAAUCAGGAAUUGUUCUUCUUCCUUCACAUGAUGGAUAUUGGUGGAAUUGUACUUCUGAUAUAGCAGCCGCUGUUAAUAAAAGAUUCAGUAUUAAUCUCGUUGAUUAUUCGACUCCCAUAACUCCGGGAUUUGGUGAAUAUUUUGGAGGAGAUUCUUCUCUUAAACGAAUCCGUGGCACUGGUUUUCAUGUAUCUUCAGAUGUCAAAAAUGUAACUAUGACAUCAAGUAAAGCUGAAUUGAACAAUGCGGUCAAUUAUACGUUCAGUAAUAAAAUAUUUUAUUGUGAUACAAAGGAAUUUACAACUACUCAAUGUGAUUCUCAAUUUAUGGGGCUGUCAAAUCAAGCUGGAAAGCAGUGGUGUCUAUAUAUAAAAAAUCCCUUUAAUAAUAGUCAAAAAGCUUAUGUAUUAUUCAGUCCUGAUGAAACUUCAACAAAUGCAACUAACAUUGAUAUGAGCAUAA